AUGGCUGUGGGAGGUGUUAUCUCGGGGGGAAACCCGUUCAUCUGGAACUCAGGUUCCCCUUUGACACUAUGGCUAUUCCAAGUUUGCCUGAUAUUAGUAACCUGUAAUCUGGUUAACAUCCCAUUCUCGAAGAUACGCCAACCGAAGGUUAUAUCUGAAGUUAUUGCCGGGGUUAUCCUUGGCCCUACUGUGCUGGGACAAAUUCCAAAUUUCACCAAGACUAUGUUUCCUGCUGCUUCGAUACCGGGGUUGAGUUUAACGUCUAACCUUGGUAUCAUUCUAUUCAUGUUCUUCCUAGGUUUGGAAGUCGAUAAGGGAUUUAUCAAGAAACAUCUGAAGAAAGCGCUUUCCAUUGGUCUAUUCUCAUUGACUAUACCGUUUGGGUUCGGUUGUCUUUUCGCUGUUCCACUAUACAACACAUAUAUGGGCAACCAUACAGAAACUGGACAUGUUAAGUUCACUGUUUUCAUGGUUUUCAUUGCAGUUUCGAUUUCUGUGACAGCUUUCCCGGUGCUGUGUCGUAUUUUGAAUGAGUUGUGCCUUAUCAAAGAAAGAGCCGGGAUUGUUGUUUUGGGUGGUGGUAUCAUCAAUGACAUUCUUGGCUGGAUUCUGCUUGCCUUGAGUGUAAUCCUUUCGAACUCGACAGCCGAUCCUGUGAAUACCGUUUACAUUCUGCUCUGUACUCUGGGUUGGUUCUUAUUCAUCUCAUAUCCAAUCGGCUUUGUGCUCAGAUGGGCUCUGGUAAGGACUCACGAGCUGGAAAGAUCCAAGCCUUCUCCAAUGGCAACCAUGUGUGUUUUGUUCAUCAUGUUUAUCUCUGCUUAUUUCACCGAUAUCAUUGGCGUUCAUCCUAUCUUUGGUGCAUUCAUGGCUGGCCUGAUUGUACCAAGAGAGAACAACUAUGUAGUGAAAUUGGCUGAGCGGAUGGAAGAUAUCCCAAACAUUGUCCUGAUACCCAUUUACUUUGCAGUCGCUGGUCUAAAUGUGGAUCUCACUUUACUGAAUGAGGGAAGAGAUUGGGGUUAUGUUUUUGCAAGUAUCGGUAUUGCUAUUUCGACAAAGAUUGUUUCAGGAUCAGUAGCUGCAAGGAUUCACGGUUUGUUUUUCAGAGAGUCAUUGGCAGUAGGUGUGUUGCUAUCAUGUAAAGGUAUCGUGGAAAUUGUCGUGCUAACGGUAGGUUUGAAUGCCGGCAUUAUCAGCCGUAAAAUCUUUGGUAUGUUCAUUCUUAUGGCUUUGGUUUCCACUUUUCUCACCACUCCUUUGACACUACUAGUGUACCCUGAAUCAUACAGAAGAGAUUUACGCACAAGGAUGAACAAGGAAAUUGAAUCAGUUGAAGAGAGUACAAAUGAGGUUUCUAACAUUGAGGAGAAGGAAUCGACAGUCAUGUCCUUAAAAUCCUUUGAGGAUGUCAAGAAUUUUCACAUUACCAAAAUAAUUAAUAUCACAAGCUCAACUGAGACGAUUUCAUCAUCGCUAGAACUGCUCAACCAUUUGCUUAUUGGGCAAGUCGUCACUGGGCCUGCUCCUGGAACAUCAAGAGGCAAGGAAUUGAGCAGAAAGUCGAGUAACAGUACUGUGAAGCCAAGCUUUAGCAAAGUCAAAAAGCUAUCUAGAGUAUGGUCACGGGGUGAUGACUCUGAGACGGCUCUAACCAUUAUUGAGGAAGAUCCGCUUGGUUUUGAGCUUGAGAUUCCUCUAAAAGCAGUGCAUUUAAGAUUGCUGACUGAACGAACAGCUGAUUUGCUCCAGUCUUCGUCAUUACAGAACGAUGAUCAGGAAUCCACUGUAAAUACCGAUUCCAUCUUACAAAUUUUUGAUAUUUUCUCUCGUCUGAGCCGCAUUCAAUUUUCUAGCGAGGUAAUCUUCUCAACCGUGAGAGAGAGAGCAGCUAAUAUUCUAUCGAUGCAGAAAAAUCCAACUGAUUUGGUUGUUCUCCCACUAAGGGGUGCAACUUCUGAGAUCAAUGGUAGCGAGAUAUCUUCUGGUGAGCACUACGGAGACUUUUCACAAAUUUACUCCCACAUACUAGGGCUGAAUGAUCUGCCUGCGAAUUUCUUUGGUACCAUUUUUUCCUCGCUCAAAGCAAGUUCAGCAGUUCUAAUUUCAAACAGUGGUGAUAGAGCAUAUAUCAACAGAUUCAAAAAGAGAUAUUUCAACCUACUGCUGCCAAGACCCAUUUUAACUUCAUCGGACUUCUUGGCACUGCAUCUACUGCUUUUGAUAUGUUACCACAAUGGCGCUGGCGGGGAUCACCCUCAUGGAACGAUAUACAUCAACAGUAAAAAUAGUGAAUUUGUUGAUCAGUUGAAUGACCUAUACGCUGACCGGAAUUGGUACAAUGAGACGAUCGUAAAUAUCACGAGCGUAAACUAUGGACAAGAAAGUCACUUCGACUCUGCUUCGGCCAGUUUUGUGGAGGCUGUCAUGGACAGUAGUUUGGCUGAGACGCCGCACGAAGAUAAUUUGGAGGAGAGUACUUUCAUACUUUCGGAAAGUUUCUCUCAAGGUGAAACAUCCUUUUCUGAAGAGGCCAAGAGCGCUAUUCUACAUGGAGCAAAUAGAAAGUUCAAUGUGCUCAUAACGCAUUAUUAUUCCGAUGCCCAAUGA